AUGUUGAACCCCACAGUACCGAAGCCUGGUCCAGCGAAGUUGACGAAGAACGCGGGUCUGGAGGAAUGGCUUGAAGAGGCCAAACAGUGCCAUUACCUUCCUGAAAGUGUAAUGAAGCAAUUGUGCGAGAUAGUCAAGGAGUGUCUUAUGGAAGAGUCCAAUAUCCAGCCUGUCACAACACCCGUCACGAUCUGCGGAGACAUUCAUGGUCAAUUUUACGAUUUAUUAGAGCUUUUUCGCAUCGCGGGCGGAAUGCCUGGCGAAGAGAGUGUACAAGCCCCGAUCACGCAAACCCUCACAUCUGACGAUAUCGAGCCGCCAACUGAGAUUACCAAUCCUAAGCUAAAAAAGAAGAUUCGCAGUCAUGAUAGCGGGAUAGAAAGCGCCAGUGGAGAGGAUGAUGAUGAUGAUGAGCCAAGAGGGAGACCGAGGACAGCGGGACAAUCAAGUCGUGGCGGAAGUUCUGAUUCAGCCAUUGGUGGAGUAAAUGAGGUAUCAGGAAGCGGAAACCAAAACUUCAUAUUCCUAGGAGAUUUCGUCGAUCGAGGAUACUUUAGCUUGGAAACCUUCACUUUACUCAUGUGCCUGAAGGCCAUGUACCCGGAUAAGAUCACUCUUGUACGGGGGAAUCAUGAAUCACGUCAAAUCACCCAGGUGUAUGGCUUUUAUGAAGAAUGCCAGCAGAAAUACGGAAAUGCUUCCGUGUGGAAGUCGUGCUGCCAAGUGUUCGACUUCCUUGUCCUCGCGGCGAUAGUAGAUGGCGAAGUGCUCUGUGUUCAUGGUGGCCUAAGUCCGGAAAUUCGAACUGUCGAUCAAAUCCGUGUCGUGGCUCGUGCCCAAGAGAUUCCUCACGAAGGUGCUUUCUGCGAUCUGGUUUGGAGUGAUCCGGAGGACGUUGAGACCUGGGCUGUAUCGCCUCGUGGUGCCGGGUGGUUAUUUGGAGACAAGGUGGCGACGGAGUUCAACCAUGUCAACGGUUUGAAGCUGAUAGCACGUGCUCAUCAACUUGUAAAUGAGGGAUACAAGUAUCACUUCUCCCAGAAAUCUGUUGUAACGGUCUGGUCAGCACCCAACUACUGUUACCGCUGCGGAAACGUAGCAUCUAUCAUGAACGUGGGCGAGGAUCUAAAACCCAAAUUCAGCAUCUUCAAUGCGGUGCCUGAGGAGCAGCGUGCCGUUCCUGCAGGUAGACGCGGCGCAGGAGAAUACUUUCUGUAG